AUCAGUGGAGUUAAAUCUGUUUGAGUUUGAGCGACAUUCAGGGAGGUGACAGACACACACAGACACACACACACACAGACACGCACAGACAGACAGACAGGCAGGGGGAUGACUCUGGAGUAGGACUUGAGACACUUGGACUUCUCUCUCCAGAGGCGGACAAACACGAACACUGACUCGGGCAUCAUGCUGAGAACCGUCUGCAGGAGGAUCUUCACCCCGGCUUCUCUCAGGGAUCCUGGAGCAGCUGGAGGUCUGCCGUCCGGGUUUCCCUCCGCGCUGCUCGGUGGGAGCAGAGCAGCUGUGGGACUCAGGAGCAAAUCCAGUAAGUGGUUUUAUUUCUAUGAAGACGGUCCGAGAUCAGCAGGUGGACUUGUUGGUGUUCUACCAAGAGAGAGGACUUUACGGCUCUCCUUUAAGAAAUUCAGACUUUAGUCAUUCCGUCUGAACUAAUUUGUAGAUGACACUCAUAUUGAUUUUCAUUAAAGUCAAGUUCGGUCUCUCUGUAAACAUCAGUGCUUCAGAGAGGAGAGACUUUGCUUCCUUUGCGCAGUUUUUAUUUGUUCCAAACAAAACGAGGUCGUUUGCAAAAGCAAACAGUUCGCCAAAGUGUCGGGGUCAUGAACUGGAACUGGGUUAAAACCACAGAAGAUAGAGGUGGUGAAUUGGCUGACAGAGGCAGGGGGCUGUGGUGUGCGUAAAAAGCCAAAAUCUGUGCGUAAAGUGUGCGUAACAGGAGAGAGAGAGAGAGAGAGAGAGAGAGAGAGAGGUGAAGCCUGCGUGUCUGCAGUUACCCAGUCAGUGUGUUAUAAUGGCAGCAGUUUGAGAGGAUUCUCUCGUGCUGGGUCACGUGUAAUUGUUUGCAUGCAGUCAGUCAUUAUCUCCCAGAAAGGGUGAAGCUGCUGUUAGGAACCACCGCCGACCAUAAACCCACAAAUACGAGCUUUUUCUCUGAUAAGGAGUCUGACAUGAAGUUAACAUGAAGUUAACAUGUUUGGGACUUUGGAUCAAGAUCUGGACGUGGGGGGUGGGGGGGACUCCAGCCGGCUGUAGUAUUAGUGCUGAUAUACACUACAUAUCUGUUUACUGGUUCACUGUUUAACAUGAAACUAUAAUAUAAAGUAAAUAAAGUUUAUUAUCUGUGUGUGUGUGUGUGUGUGUGUGUGUGUGUGUCCAGCAGGUCUUCCAGAUGUGAAGGAGCGGACCCUCAUCGCUGUCAAACCAGACGGGGUUCAGCGUCGUUUCAUUGGACAGAUCAUUCAGCGGUUCGAGCAGCGAGGGUUCAAACUGGUCGGACUGAAGAUGCUGCAGGUAGAAACGGAAACUGAGACGGUCUGAGACUGGACUGAGAGAUCGGAUCUGACUCUGGUUCUCUCCCUCCCUCUCUCUCUCUCUCUCUCUCCUCUCUCUCUAACUCUAUUCUCUCUCUCUCUUUCUCUCUUUUUCCCUCUCUCUCUCUCUCUCUCUCUCUCUCUCUAACUCUAUUCUCUCUCUCUCUUUCUCUCUUUUUCCCUCUCUCUCUCUUUCUCCUCUCUCUCUCUCUCCUCUCUCUCUAACUCUAUUCUCUCUCUCUCUUUCUCUUUUUUUCCCUCUUUCUCUCUCCCUCUCUCUCUCUCCCUCUCUAUCCCUCUCCCUCUCUUUCUCUCUCACUAUCCCCCCCAGGCGUCCGAGGACCUCCUCUCUCAGCACUACAGUGAACUGAGGACCAAACCUUUCUACCCCAGACUGCUGAAGUACAUGAGCUCAGGACCCGUGGUUGUCAUGGUGAGGGAAUCCCAGUAAACCCAGUAAACCCAGUCCUCUACAUCCACUGGACUGUUUUGGUUUCAGGACAUAAAGAGAAAGGUUAACAGGAAAUAAACCCAGAGCAGGUCUUCUCACAGUCCUCUGUGUUUCUGUUCCUGUUGAGGUUUGGGAAGGUCACAAAGUGGUGCAGACGUCCCGUACGAUGGUGGGACACACGAACCCAGCGGAGGCUCUGGCAGGAACCAUCAGAGGAGAUUUCAGCUUCCAUGUGAGCAGGUAACAGAGAACGGGUCAGAUUUUAGGAUCAGACAAAAACUCACUCUUCUUUUUCUGGUUUGGAGACGUGCUGACAGAGAGAGGUGUGUUUGUCGUUUGAAGGAACGUGAUUCACGCCAGCGACUCGGAGGAGGGCGCUCAGAGGGAGAUCCAGCUGUGGUUCAAGGGGAGAGAGCUCCUGAACUGGGACUGCUGCGACCAGAGCCUCACCCUCGCUGUGUGAGCUGGAAAAGACCAAUCCUGAUAUCAGAGAGAAACAAACAGAUUCAGGCUGAAAUAAAUCUUCUUAUUUUUAUUAAACUCGAUUUAAAAAAACGAGGUAAACCUGCAGGAGGAGCCUGCCUUCAGUCUCAGGAUCAAAACUGUACAGGAACCUUUUUUAGUCUGAAAUCAUUCUGUCGAUUUUUAUCGAGAUGUUGGAGACACAAAGCUGCUCUGAGGAGCUUUAGUCAACGAUUGAACGGUUUUUGUCUUUAUUGAUCUGUGAUCCAGAAACUUAAAAAGUCCUUCAGGUCCAGAAAACUUCAAUAAAACAGAUUCUAUGAUGGAACAAAAAGACCAACUCUCACUUUGUUUUCAUACAGAUAUAAUGUACCAUCAUGUACAGCUAUACAAUCUGACUAACUAUAUAUCAAUCAAUCAAUCAAUCAAUCAAUCAGUUUAUUUAUUAAGCACUUUUCACACAUAAACUGUAUCACAGAGUGCUGUACACAAGAAGGAGAGGAUCAGGAGGAUACAAAAUAAAAUACAAAAACACACACACUUAACAUUACUCUGUUUCUUAUAUGAUAAACUCUGUGGUGACGUUUAGAUUUCUCUUUUGUUGAAAUCAAAGUGAAAAUUUUACCUCUUAGAUAAUUUUCAGAAUAAUUCAAACAAAUACGAACAAAAAGUUUAAUUCAAGCAGAAACAGAUAAAAAUGUGAGUUUGUUGAAUGUUACAGAAUAAAAAAGUAAAACAGA